GCAGCUCCCACGCAUGCACCCCGCUGUUUUUAUCUGCAAACAGGUGCUGGCGUCCUGCGUGAGGGGUGUCCGUCCUGCUGCAAGUCGAGGUUAGCCCCCGAAAUAGCUUGUGAAUGCAGGUUGCAAACCGCAUUAACAUUGGUGUCGUAGGUGGCAGUGUGCCCAUCGGUGUCAUGGCUGUGUCAUGACUGUCAGUAGUCUUGCUGACCUGACGGGCUCUGGAGUAGCGGAACGUAACCCAUUACUCAUUUUUAAAAUGUCUGCUGGUCACUUGCUAGCAAGCCAUUUCCAAAUGGAAGCUCUUGUCAGGGCUGAUGGCGUGUGUCAGGCAGCGCUUUGGUGACAGGGGUGCAGGAACCAUCUUAAACCCCCCUCAGCAGGGGUUUUGAACAGCUUACUUGCUCAGGGGUGAGUUUCCCAAAGCCGCCAACUCCAGGGAGCUAUGCUGCAGCUCCUGUUUGUCUCUUGUGACAUUUGCAUUUUGUUCUUAGCUUUAGAACCACUGGGUUGCACAGAUGCUUCUCAAACGUCUCACAACCCAUCAAGUUACUUCAGCCAUGCUUUAUUUGGGGUGUUUUCGUGCAGGGGAAGUGAAAUUGGUGAGCCUUUAGCUAGUUUCUGCACUUUCCACAGAAACUAACUUGAAGCAGAAGUUACUGAUUUUGGCUUUGUGGUAAGCACUGGUUGAAAGAGCUGCAAAAAGAGCAGAAACAAAGUUGAACAGGACCCCCUGCGAUUAAUACAGGAAGUGGGUUUUGGCCUGGAAGUAAUAGGAGAGCUGAUCUGAGCAGUGUCAAAUGCUCCUGUUUCACCUGGUUGGAUGUUGGUCUGGCGGUGUCAUCACUAAGCAGCACUACCUGUCCACGCCUUUCCCAGGAAUGUCAGUAGCCAGGUGUAAACAAGCCAGAUCCCAUCUCUUUUCAUGCCAGGCUCUUGCCAGCUGGCUCCUUUUCCGGUUAGCAGAUUCAGGUACGUUCAAUCCUCAGAUCAGAUUCCAGAGUGUGUGUGUAGGCAGGCUGAGCAGAUCAAAGCUAUCGAUGUCCCCUGGAUUGAGGGGAGACACGGGUUACACAGCCUGUGCACUCAUGCCAGAGCUCCUUCAAUUUAUUCUUUUCUUGUUUUGGGUUUAGCAUCCAUAAUGUACUGGCUCUGCCCUGGUCAGAAAUGGGCUGGGCUCCAUUUUACUUAGGGCAAGGGAAACUCUGUCCUCAGCACCUUAUCCUUGCCUGUUUUACUCCAGCCAUCAGUACUGCACUUUCAGCUUCCUAGAGCUCUGAUGUUGUUCUUUGAGCCUGGGUCAAUAUUACAAAUUGAAAGGCAGUGCUCUGGCAACCUCACUGACUGAUGUUUGUUUUUUAGUGACUGUUAUGCUGGAGGAAGGUGUUCCCUGGACAGUCCUGGAGACAGAAGCACUGUAUUUCUAGAGCAGGUACAGUACAGACAGCAGCCAAACAAACCUCUUAUUCCGUGGCAGGCCUUUACCUUCGCUUGCAGAAUGUCCCCAGGAGGGGGAGGACUAGUUGGCACUUGGCCUUUCUCUUGCGACUGCUGUCUAAGGAACCUGUGGUGUUGGGGUUGUUGCAGUGUGAACUUGCACCUCUGCCCUAGCAAACUGGCCUGCAAAAAGCAUUGCCAAAAUAGAGCAGCAGAGAAGUUGGGUCUCUGUGCCUGGGAAACUCCUUCUGAGCUGUAGAGAUCACAUGCAGAAAACAAGUGCAGUUCCACUUGUAAGAUUGCCUUUGUACUGUCUCCUCCGCCCUGCUGCAAUGAGUGGGAAGUCCUUGCUCUUAAAGGUCAUUCUCCUUGGGGAUGGUGGAGUUGGGAAAAGUUCCCUCAUGAACCGGUAUGUCACCAACAAGUUUGACUCACAGGCUUUCCACACAAUUGGUGUGGAGUUCUUAAACCGGGACCUGGAGGUGGAUGGACGUUUUGUGACCCUCCAGAUUUGGGACACUGCGGGACAGGAGAGAUUCAAGAGCCUGCGAACUCCCUUUUACAGGGGAGCAGACUGCUGCCUGCUGACCUUCAGCGUGGACGACCGGCAGAGCUUUGAGAACCUCAGUAACUGGCAGAAGGAGUUUAUCUAUUAUGCUGACGUGAAGGACCCUGAACACUUCCCAUUUGUAGUCCUGGGCAACAAGAUAGACAAACUUGAGAGACAAGUGAGCACAGAGGAGGCCCAGGCUUGGUGCAUGGAAAAUGGUAACUAUCCGUACCUGGAGACUAGUGCCAAGGAUGACACCAAUGUGGCAGUGGCAUUUGAGGAGGCUGUGCGACAGGUGCUGGCGGUAGAGGAGCAGCUAGAGCACUGCAUGCUGGGCCACACCAUUGACCUGCACUCCAGCUCCAAAUCAGGGUCUUCCUGUUGUUAAGAGUGGCUGCUGCUUUGGGAACAUCUCUUGAGCCAGUGGCUGGAUCAGAAUAAGUGCAGACAGCUCUGGGCCACUCUGAGGAGAGUGGCUGUGAGGACAAUAGGUAGUUUGCUUGCUGGGGAGUUGCAGCCUCACCAUCUGGCUGGAGUUUUCAAGCACAAAGGAUGUAUCUGCAGGAGGGAGCUGUCAAAAGAGCAUGUGAAUGUAGUCCUGCUUCCACCUCUACCUGUUUUAGCAGGUUUAAAGGACUGGGUUAAAGUCCUUUAAAUUCACUAAGGACAGUGAAUUCUGAUCUGUACCAAGAACUGUCUGUGGAACAAAAACUGAGAGUGCUCUAGACACUCAUUGAAGUCUUUUAGUCCUGAACUAAAAAAAAAAUACUAGACCCUCUAAACUCAUGACCUUACUGCCAAAGGAAAGUCUGCUCAGCAUAGUGAACAAAACCUGUUGUAGAGACUCUAGCCUAUGCGACUGUGAGAAUGCCAAAUAGUAGAGUGGCUGGGAUGUGUGUAUCUGUUGUUUGGAAUAAGUGCAUUGUGUCUGAGACUGAAUUAUGCUGAGAAUUGUUAGAGCUCUGAUUUGAAGCAACGUACGAAGGAGAGAUGGACCUGUGUUUGAAUGUGGCAGCAUCACUUCUUUGUAGCUGCCUAUUUCUGGUCUGUUUUUCCUCACCUCUAACUUUGUCUUGUGUGAGUGUUAUUUUGUGGAGAGGCUGGCUGCUUCUUGUUUAAUAUAUGUUUCCUUGUCUCUUCUGGAGGCUUAACACCGGAUCUCCCUUCUCAUUGAAGGGAGAGAGAUCUUCUUGAAGGCCUGGAUGAAAAAUACUGAUAUGGACACUUGCCGGGUCAUGUCAAAGGGUUUAGAGUUACUCAGGAGUUCAGGAGAUCUGGAGCAUGAAACUUCAGCUGGUUUUGUCACAAGUACUCGCCAUAUCCAGAUGAUACGCUCUAGCAGACCAGAUGGUAGGUGGGUGGGAUGUCUCCUAGGUGUGCGGGUGCCUGGCAGUGUCACGCGUGGUCAGCUGUUAAGUCCAUUUGCUUGAUGUGCGGGGCUGGUGACCACUUGCUUCAUUAGCUGGCAGAUCAGUGUCUUCAGUUACUUUAGCACAGAUGUUCCCAUCUGGAUGCUGUAACAAAGAACUGUUCACUUCAUUACCUGUUACGUCAGGUGCAGUGCUGACUUACUCCCUAACGGGGAAUCCAGUAUGUUUUAUCUGUAACUCAUCUGACAGACUUUACUGGUAGAGGAUGUCCAGUCAGUUAACUGCCCUUUGUUAAUGGCUGCUGCAUUCAGUCCGCUGGGGAGAGCUGCACUGGUUCCAUGUCCGUUCAAGGUGGCUGAAAAAUGGUGGGGGGGAGCAGGGAACCUUCUAGAAAAGGAUGCCAGGCUUUGCUGAUCCCAGCUCCUGCCCCCUACUAGGUUUUAGUCCCAAGCUAUUUGCGUAGCAGAGAGAAGAGUGCUUACUGACUGCUGUCUUGACCAUUGUAACCUCAUGUCCUGCAACUUCCCAUGCAAGUGUUUGUCCAAAACUGUGACUUGGCCUAUAAGCACACAGGAGCCUGCCACAAGGAGAGCUUCCCUGAGUAUGUUUCUGCUAGCUGCUGAAUGCGGUUUGCACUGUGAUGAGCUACGGGAUGGUAAAUUUUAUAGCUCAAAUAGAGCAGCCUCACUUAUGCUGUACUUCAGAGCAGAGCAAUCUCUGCCCUUAUGCUGGCUGGUGACAGCUAAUCCCCAUUGCCGAGCCAUCUGUGAGCAUGCAGGGAGUCUCCUCUGGGGGAACUCAGGGUGAUCCUGCCCUUCUCCGCAGGGCAGUGACAUGUGGAAGGGACUGAAGCUUUAAUGCAAAGUGCUUUAGAGGGAUCUGAUUUCUGAACAGGGCUCAACACUCAUAUUCACGGGAAUAGGUAGGGAGUGCUUGCAGUCUCUGGAAAACCAGGUCACUUGAAGUAUAAGAGAAGGCUCUGCCUCCGUAGCUGCAACAGAUUUUACAGGAUAUUAAAAGUUAUUGUUACUGUUUAUUUACCAAUGUCUGAUCUCCCCAGGCCUCUAGAUUUUUCUUCAGUUUAAUACUGCUUGAUAUUUCCUUCAUGAUCCCAGUCUCUGUGACCUGUGGUUCUGAUUUACAUCUCUGAACAGACAGGUUCCCCCAGAGCUGGUCAGCACAGGACCCCGGGAUCAGAACAGGCUCGUAUGCACUGCCAGAGGUGCUGCUGAGGGAGCUCCCUGCAAGUGAAGCUGCUGCUUCCCCAGCACGGAUCUCAUGGGAUCUGUGUGAGGACUGGCACCUCCUGUGGGAGAGGGCAAAGACCAAACAAGCACUACACUGAACAAGUGUAGGAAGCACGGGUGCAGCAUGCUGUUUGCCGUACCCUGGGUGCAUAUUGACACUGACAGCUGAAGCUCAAGAGCCUCAUUGUACGUGUGUAGACGGUAUGUAUUGCUGGAGGGUGUUACACAGCAUCUUCUAUUCCUAACAGACAUCGGAUCAUUGACUUUUAA